AUGACCAUUGAGCAAGUAUCAUCGGGUAAUCAGCCAGGCAUUCCGGAUCUCAAGAUCCACAUCAUGGGUGGCAUGGGCACAGCCCUCGCCCUCGCGCGCCAGGGCUUCAAGGACAUUCACGUCUGGGAGUCGGCCGCGCAGCUCGGCGAGGUCGGCGCAGGCAUCAACGUGCCGCCCAACCUCGCGCGCAUCCUCUCCGAGUGGGGCGUGCUGGACAUCUGCCAGGCCGAGGGCGUGGUCAUCGACACGGCCAACGUGCUCGACUGCGCCACGGACAAGAUCCUCACGUCGGUCCACUACUCGGACUACAUGCAGCAGGAGUACGGCUGGCCCUUCACAACGGUCCACCGUGCCGCGCUCCAGAAGUGCCUCGUCCAAGGCGCGCUCAACUCUGGCGUCGUCAAGCUCCACCUCGGCCACUUCAUCACAAAGUACGACUAUGACAACACGCGCUUCCAGCUCGGAACACGCGACUCGUCCGAGGGCGAGUGGGUCGACGCCGACGUCAUCAUCGCCGCCGACGGCGUCAAGAGCAAGGCGCGCGAGGCAAUGCUUGCACGCGUUGGUGUUGUCGACGAGGUCGAGGACACUGGCCAGGCCGCCUACCGCAUCAUGGUGCGCCGCUCCGCCAUCAACGAAGACCCCGAACUCCUGCCGUUCUUUACCGGAUCCCAGUCGUACCGCUGGAUCGGGGAGAAGCGCCACAUUAUCGCGUACCCGAUUGAGAACCACGACCUGUUCAACAUGUCGACGACGCAGCCCGACCGCAACUUUGUGCAGGCCGACACGUGGACCGCUGCCGGGUCCAAGACUGAGAUGCUGGAGACGUUCCACGACUUUUGCCCGCGCGUGCAGAAGCUGCUGCAGCUCGUGCCGGAGGGCGAGGUGCUUGAGUGGAAGCUGCGCGUGCACAAGCCGCUGCCUCUGUGGGUCGACCACAACAGCGCCUUGGUCGGCGACGCGUGCCACCCGACACUGCCGCACAUUGCGCAGGGUGCGGCCCAGGCGAUCGAGGACGCGGCCGCGCUCGGCGUCAUCCUGGCCAAGGUGACCAACAAGGCGGACAUCAACAAGGCGCUGCGCGUGUACCAGGCCAUCAGGAAGCCGCGUACCGACUGGGCUGUCAACACUGCCGCCGAGAACAGCAAGGGCCUGCACACGCAGGACAAGGCGUCGCGUGACAAUGCCUUCUCGCAGGCCGACGCGAACGGCAGUAACCCCGACAAGAUGAUCUCGCGUGACGUGCACGACAUUCUGUUCAAGUACGACGUGGUCAAGGAAUCUGAGAAGAACUUUGACAGGCUGUUUGCGCAGCAGCAGUAG